AGCAUACCUUGACAAAAGCACCCUGACUUUGUCCCGAAGCCGGCCGGUCGUCGUACCUGGUGUGAAGGCGGUCGAGGAUCAUGGGCCCUAAUGUCUAUCUGUUAAAUCGGUGUCAUAUUUCGCCAUCGCCGUCGACAGCCGCCAAUUUGCUGACGUGUCCUUAUCCGUCGUCGUCGUCCUGUUCAAAGCAAGAUCUUCUUCCUCCUCUCAAAUUCAUCAGCGGCAGCCAUAGCCAGAGCUCUGGCAACGCCGCUCGAUCUUAUUGUCGAUUAACAGCCGCCGUUAGAUCGAAAGCGAAGAAGGGGAGGAGGAGUGCAACAAAUCUAGACGUAUUUCCGACCUUUCUCUCGGUCUUUCUCUCGGCCGAAGAAAGCGAGAGGAGGAGGCGCAGGAUAACGAAGGUCAUGGCUAUGGCGGACGAGCAGGGUGGGGGUGCUGCUGCUGGGGGAGGGGGGACGAACCUGGACGUCUUUCCGACCGUCUCCGUCGAGUGGUUGAAAGAUCAUCUUGGCGAUCCCGACGUCAAGGUGGUCGACGCUUCGUGGUACUUGCCCGUGGAGAAACGGGAUCCCUUUGCGGAAUUCAAGUCCCGACGGAUCCCAGGGUCGGUAUUCUUCGAUCUGGAUGUGGUUUGCGACACCUCGACCGACCUGCCACACAUGCUCCCGUCGCAGAAAGUCUUUUCCCGCGCAAUGGACUUGCUCGGCAUAAACAACGGCCACGUGGUCGUCGUGUACGACGGCAGGGGCAUCUUCAGCGCACCGCGGCUAUGGUGGAUGCUUCGAGUCUUUGGCCAUGAACGUGUGGCGGUCCUGGAAGGAGGUCUGCCUAUGUGGACGGAGAAAGGUGGAGACGUAGAGGGGGGGGGAGAUGAGAUGAUUAGUUCCAUUGGCGUCGCCAUAUCCGAGGGGGCAAUCAAGGAUCUCAAGGCUGGCGCUGAUGACCUGCUUGCAAGAGCAGCAGCAGCAGCAGGAGGAGGAGGAGGAGGAGGAGGAGGAGAAGGAGGAGAAGGAGGUACUUUAGGAUGUAGUAAAACGACGAUUGAAGGAGGGGUGGAUAGCAGCGACCGCGAUCCCGAUCGUGUGAGUGGAUUUAACGCUACGUUGCGCCCUGAUCUUGUGCGGUUAUGGCAGGAUGUGAAGGCGAAUGUGGAGAAGGGCAAAGAUGGGAGAAAGGAGGAGGAGGAGGAGGAUUUUCAGGUCGUUGAUGCGCGGCCAAAGGGACGGUUUGAUGGGACUGCACCAGAACCACGACCCGAUGUCCCGAGUGGGCAUAUCCCACGCAGCAAGAAUGUGCCGUUUGUGAACGUUUUGACGAAGUUCGAGGGGGGCUGUUUUAAGGAUGAAGGGGGUCUUAAGCAAUCAUUUGUCGAAGCCGGGGUCGCGAUUGAUGAGCCGAUUGUCGCGAUGUGCGGCACCGGUGUGACCGGAUGUAUCUUGGCGCUGGCGCUGCACAAGCUUGGGCGGACUGAUGUGGCCGUGUACGACGGGUCAUGGACCGAAUGGGCUACCUUGUCCAAGGAGCUGGGGUUGCCUAUAGAGACGAGCGUUGUGGCGUAGAAGAGAACAGGAACACGGGACGCCAAUAGGAUAACCAAAAAGAAAGAAAGAAAGAAAGAAAGAAAGAAAGAGAGAGAGAGAGAGAGAGAGAGAGAGAGAGAGAGAGAGAGAGAGAGAGAGAGAGAGAGAGAAGAAAAAGAAAAAAAAGAAUUUUGCGCAGGUGGAAUGGGGUGUUGGUUGUCGGGCUGACGCAGCUGUGUUUAUGAUGAUGAUGAUGAUAAGCUGGAAGAUCGAAUGGGUUGACGUUUCCGGACGGAGGGUUUGCUUGCCAAUCCGGAAGGAAGAGGGGGGAAGAGGGGGCGGGAGAGGGAGGAAAAGAGGGGGGGGAGGGAGGGGGGAAGAGGGGGGGAAAGAGGCGGGGCAGGGGUGUUGUGGGUUAAAAAAGUAUAGAACAAUAGAAUUGCCCAGGUGGGGCAUGCCACAAGGCAUCGCGCUGGCUGUUGAUGAUUGAUGGAUGGAUGCUUGAGAGAGUGGACGACGUCGCGUGGGAAACAGUCCAGGUGCAUGCCGCGUGGCUGUAUGGUUUUCUCCGAGAGAGACGGGGGAAGGGGUAGAAUAGACGAGUAGAAAUGUCCAGAUGUCAAUACCGGGGGAUUGUUUGGGGGGGUGCGAGGAAGCUCUGUCCAGAUGUGGUAUAGACACACGGAGGGAACCUCAAAAAAAGACGAGAGAAUAGGAGAGAGAGGAGAGAAAAGAGGAGAGAGAAGAGGAGAGAGAAGAGGACAGAGAGGCGAGGGGAAGAAAGGAACAAAGGGAAAGGAGAGGGGGGGGGGAGGAGCGGGGAGGAGACAAACUGGAGAGGGUGAAAGGGGUGUCGGAAUUGGGUUUAAGGGGGGCAUGUUUUAAGGUAUGAGGAGCUUGAAGCAGGGGGCAUGUCCUGCUGUUACAGGCUAUUGCCAAGGACCUGGGUGCUACAAUUGCAGGAAAAAAAAAAGAAAGAAAGAAAGAAAGAAUUUUGGGAAAAAAAAGAAGGAAAAAAAAAUUCAGUUUUUGAGGCAGGGAAUGAAAUCUAUCGCGUGAG